AUGGUGUUCUUCAGUCUGUUCUCUGAAGGCAUUAAGAACAGUCCGAGCGGUUAUAUCAACUCACCCCUACUAGAUAUUGAAGGUUCAAUUAAUACAACUAAUCAAAAUGCUCAGACCAGAGAAUUAAACGAUACACUUGUUAAAGCAAGAGCAGAUCAAUUGAAUAGUAUUCUUAAAGCACAUAGGUCACAAUUUUUAACGAGGGAAUUAGAUAGAGUAUUAAGACAAGUUAUUCGUGGAACAUUAAAAAUAGUUGAUCAAGCAGUUGUACAAAGUACAAAGAAAAUAUCCAAAGCGGAAAGUGUUUAUGAAAUACAUCACAUGCCUCCAGCAUCUUGCUAUGCAGGUACACCUUAUGAAAAGAUCAGUCGAUAUGAUAUGCCAGCAAUACUCAUGCAUAAAGAAGAUCAUAGAGCAAUUCUUUCGACAGGAUCGAGUACAGAAGGUAAAGAGCAUCGCAAACAAACUCAUGAACCCAUGAGAAAUGGACAUAUGUCUGUGGCUAUAGAGGUAACACUAAACAAUACAAAAAAUACGGCUAAGGAAAGCGAACCCUAUGCAAAACAUACUAAUCAAUAUCUUGAUUAUGUGGCAACUAAAUCAGUAACGAAACGCCCCAGAAAACGAAGAUAA